AAGAGAGAUGAGCUGAUUCAGUCUUUAGUUUCAAUAGCUUAUUGGCUCUUGGCUGCUCAAUGCAGUGCUGCACAUACAUGAGUGUGUAUACUAUACUUAAUGUACAGCAGCGACAGACGAUGUGUUGUUGAUAAGAAAUACGGUACGAGAUACGAUACGAGAGUAGGUAAUGCUAUAAUAUAUAUUUAGAAGCUAGAAAUGCGAUAACAAUCAGUUUUUUAAUGACUCCGAAGCUUAAAUUUAACAAUCGCUUUGUUAAGUUGUUAUACAUACACAUACGUAAUACGAUUAGCCUCCUCUGUUGAUUUAAAUUCAGAUCACAGUCUAAGUUUUUAUUUGCUUUAUCAACAUGAGCAUGCAGCUAUCCUAGAGCGCAGAGAGCGCAAAUAUUUUCAGUAUUCUUUAUGGAGUCUUGUUAAAUAAACGCUUGAGCAACGGAUACAUGAAUAAGUGAAAAAAUCUCUCAUUUCAUUUUCUGUACGAAAUCAAUAGCCCAAAGUGAAGGCGGCAAAAGCGAGUUUAGCAAAAAGUUUCAAGCAUACAAAAAAUCAAAUAGAAUAAAUAAAACAAAAAAAAAAAAAAAAACAAAAAAUGGAAGUUUACACAACAGACAGCAGUGACACCGAUUCGCGUGAACAGAAAACUUUGGAUUACGGCCGCAUGAACUUGAUCGAUAUAAAUUUGGAAGAUGAUUUGCACUCUGACGCCAAGAUAUCAAUAAAGUCAAUCAAAGACAUUGAAAUUCUUUUGCUCAAUCAUAACCGUUUAACACGAUUGCCAAGAACCCUACGAAACUUUUUAAGCCUACGUGUAUUAGAUUUAAGUUCAAAUUGUUUAAGAGAAUUGCCGGAUAUCAUAGGGCAAUUACCUUUGAUUACCUUGGUCGCCAAAAAUAAUCAAUUAACCAAUAAAUCAUUGCCGAAAUCGUUCAUUAUCAAAAAUCAAAUUUCAUCGCUGAAAGAAUUAAAUCUAAGCGGCAAUAUGUUGACGCACUUCCCCGAACAAGUAACUGAGUUGAAGAACUUACGCUACUUAUAUGUGGGCGGCAAUCAAAUUUGCAGCAUUAGCAAAGAUAUCUGGCGGAUGCAAAGUCUUCAAGUGCUUUCUGUUGGCGGCAAUCUUCUUACUGAUGUUCCCGAUACAGUGGGCUUACUUAGUCAAUUGCAAGCUUUAGUGUUAUGCGACAAUCUUAUAGAAAAUUUACCCACCAGCAUAGCGCGGCUCAAAAAUCUCAAAUCGCUCCUAUUGCAUAAAAACCGUUUAAAGCAUUUACCUAAAGAUAUAGUUGCCUUAAAAAAUCUAGCGGAGCUCAGUUUACGUGACAACCCUCUGGUGGUACGUUUCGUUCAGGACAUGUCGUUAAAUCCUCCGACUUUAAUGGAGUUAGCUGCGCGAAUCGUGAAAACGGCUGCUGUGUCGGUAGAGCCCGGAGACUUACCGCAGACAAUUCUCGAUUAUUUGUCUUGCGCCAAUUGUUGCGUUAACCCUCAGUGUAAAGGCGUUUUCUUUGAUAAUCGCGUGGAGCACAUAAAAUUUGUCGACUUUUGCGGCAAAUAUCGUGUUCCGUUGCUGCAAUAUUUAUGUUCAUCCAAGUGUAUAGAACAUGAGGUGCCUACUCGUCCACAAACAAAUGGUGCUACACGUGGCUACAUGAUGCGCAAAGUUCUGUUGGGUUAACACUGGUUCGAAAUUAAACAAAUCCAAUAACAAGUCACGGUAUGGGAGCUAUUUGUGCACUAAACAUUUAAUUACAAUAAAGAGAUAAAAUACCACAACCUGUUGUCGUGGUAAAAGCGUUUGUAUCGACGAGUUACGUAUCCAAUAAAAUAAAUUCUCCG